AUGCCGCUAUCAAGAAAGGCUGCUGUCCUUAUUCUGCUGUUCGCAGAUGACAAAGGCGGCUUAAGGGUGGUUAUCACGAUGCGUGCGACUACGCUCAGCUCCUAUUCAGGACAAGCAGCACUACCGGGAGGCAAAGCUGAACCAGGCGAAACGGCGUUCGAAGCCGCACGGCGCGAGGCCUCGGAGGAGAUAGGCCUGCCACGACGGGACGGGGCAUUGCCACCACCGUUCAAAGUCGAACACCUGUGCGAGAUGCCCACCAAUCUGGCCAAAACCGAACUUGUGGUUCGCCCUUGCGUGGCAUUAUUACAUUCGUAUGACCCUGAGACGGGCUUGGACGCCAAUGUUGCAGAAAAACUGCUUCCCAGGCUAGAUGCAAGGGAGGUGGCGGCUGUAUUUUCGGCUCCCUUCAAGAACUUCCUGUACAAGGAGGAUCUGCCUGACCAACCCAAUCUUCCCGGGAAACCAAGCGAUUGGUACAAAGGUGCCUGGACUGAUUGGCACCAGAGUCGGUGGAGGAUGCACAAUUUCUUUGUCCCUGUCACAAACCAGAUUGUCUCAAAACCCAAGAAGAACGAGGGACAAAAGGCGGUCGCAAGCCAUCUUGACCAGUUUGAAAGGUACCGAGUUUUCGGCAUGACUGCUAGGAUCUUGGUUGAUGCUGCUCGCUACGCCUACGAUCAAGAACCGGAGUUCGAGCAUAACAGUCACUUUGGUGAUGAAGAUAUGAUAGUCCGUCUACGCAAAAUUGGGCGACUGGGCGACAUAAGACGCCCAGGUGACGAGCUUACCAAAGAAGACCUGGCUGCCGCUGCGAAGCUCUAA